AUGGCAUUAUCUGAUUAUGGUCCUGAUGAAAAUGUCAAUGACAGCACAGACAUUGACUGGGUGAACAAAGCAUGGGUUCGCCGGGUGUUCCGUCUGUGUGCCCUAAUUAGUAUGAUCUCUGUCAGUAUGAAUACACCAAAGACAUUUGAGUACUACCCAGAAUUGAAAUACGUAACUUUUAUCAUAGAUCUUCUUAUCACCUUUCUUUUCACGGCUGAAAUGAUUGCUGAGAUGCAUAUUCGAGGUAUUGUGAAGGGAGAAGUACCUUACUUGAAAGAUCGAUGGUGUCAGUUUGAUGGGUUCAUGGUCCUCUGUCUUUGGCUCUCUGUUAUAUUACAGAUAUUUGAAAUGAGUAAAAUCAUUUCAAAUUACACUUCCUUAUCAAUCCUUCGAUGUCCUCGUCCUCUCAUCCUGGUUCGUGUGUUCAGAGUCUUCCUUAAGUUCCAAUUACCCAAGACAAGAAUUAAUUCAAUCUUCAAACGUUCAAGUCAACAAAUCUUCAAUGUAACAAUAUUCUUCCUCUUCUUUAUGUCAUUAUAUGGCAUCUUAGGAGUUCAGUUUUUUGGAGAGAUGAAACAUCACUGUGUUGUGAAUGGAACUGACCCUCGAAAUCUUACUUUGGAGUCAUUAGCAAUCCCAGAUACAUUUUGCUCUCCAGAUAGAGGUUCUGGCUACCAGUGUCCUGCAGGAAUGGAAUGUAUGGCACUGGAAUUGACCCGUAAACAACGUGGCUUUGAUGGAUUUGACAUGUUUGCUAUGAGUUUCUUUACUGUGUAUAAAUCUGCAUCUCAAGAAGGAUGGGUUUUCUUGAUGUAUGACACUGUAGACAGCUUGCCUUCUUGGUGCUCCCUUCUCUAUUUUAUUUCUCUCAUUUUUUUCCUGGCAUGGCUGGUCAAGAAUGUAUUCAUAGCUGUGAUAAUUGAAACAUUUGCUGAAAUAAGGGUCCAGUUCCAAACUAUGUGGGGACCUAGGGGCAGUGAUGCAAAUUCUGAUUCUUCUCAGGUAAUUCAGAGUGAUGGUUUAACCUGGAAACUGGUUUUCAUUGAUGAAGAUAAGGCCCAGGGACGAGCACCACCUAUCUUCCAGCGAAUCCUCCGUUCUAACGUCUUCCACAUCACUGUGCUGUUGUUGGUUCUAAUGAAUGCUGUUACAGCAGCCAGCUUGACGUUUGAUCAUGAUAAAAUUGAUCCAGAUCAUAAACUUGAUAGCUUCUAUUAUGCUGAGGUAGUGUUCACAGCAUUGUUUGAUCUGGAGGCUUUAUUCAAAAUUUGGUGCCUUGGCUUACAAGGCUAUUUAAAACGAUCUGUGCACAAAUUUGAAAUUGUCCUUACCAUUGGCACUUCGAUUCACAUCAUUCCCAGUUUGUACCGUACACAGUUUACUUACUUUCAGGUCCUCCGAGUGGUCCGGUUGAUAAAACUAUCACCAGUACUUGAAGACUUCUGUUGGAAGAUCUUUGGUCCUGGCAGGAAACUGGGCAGCCUGAUUCUGUUCACCAUGUGCCUGUUGAUCAUUGCCUCCAGCAUCAGUUUACAACUCUUCUGUAUCAUUACAAAUAAUAGGAAAUUUGACACUUUCCCUCACGCGCUAAUGACCAUGUUUCAAAUCCUCAUCCAAGAAGGCUGGAUUGAAGUUGUAGAUGAGAUCAUGGGAAAAGUUCAGUCCCAACAUGCUUUCAUGUCAAUGUUUCAAAUCCUGACCCAAAAGGGCUGGAUUGAGGUAAUGCACGUAACAAUGUGGAAAACCGGAAGGGUAGCACCCCUAGUUGCCAUCUAUUUCAUAUUCUACCACCUUUUUGUAACAUUGAUUGUUAUCAGCUUGUUCGUGGCUGUUAUACUUGAUAACCUGGAGUUAGAUGAAGAUAUUAAAAAACUCAAACAGCACAAGGCUCGUGAACAAAUUGCAGAAAUACAACAGAAACUGCCACUUCGGCUACGUAUCUUCACAAAGUUUCCAGGCCAUCCACAGAUGGUGCGAUUAUACCGUAUUCCUGGAGACUUCAGCAUGGCAGAUAUCCGAGAAAGCUUUAUGCGCCAAUUUGUCAAUGAAGAACAUGCAGGCGGCCUGGAGAAUUUGGUUGUUGACACAAACUCAGAUGACAUGAACAUUUUUAUGAAAUCAUCUCCUAUGAGAUUGAUCAAAUCUAUGUCCCAUUCAGCACGUGGAGCUGGAAUGAUGGAGAAAAAGGCUGGAAUACAUUCCAUUAUGAGGGAUUCUAAUCAGCAAAGAAUAAUGACAGGAGAUUCUACUCAGAUGGUGUUUUCCAAAUCCUUACUUUCUCAACAGCAUCAAAUUAGAUUAGAUCGCAGGAGUUUCCGUGCUGGUUCACGUCCAAGUAGUCUAAAGAUGAAAUCAUCUACUAUGAGAGAAAAUGGAGACAUCCAUGGUGUUACAUUAAAUUCUUCAAGACGAACUGAUGACUUUGAUAUCAAAGUAUGGCAACAAAGGAAACAACAAGCAGAGUUCAAAAGGAGUCAGCAGGAAGAAGAACUGAGAGAAAACCACCCUUUCUUUGACACUCCACUUUUUGCUGUUGGACGUGAAUCAAACUUCCGUAAAAUCUGCCAAAUGAUAGUAAAUGCCAGAUAUAAGUAUAUGUUGAAGGACCCAGUGACAGGCAAGGAAAUCAUCAGCAGAUCCAAACGUCUCCAUAAACUCCUUGGCCUUGUAACCUACUUGGAUUGGAUGAUGAUUAUAGUGACAGUGCUAUCUUGUAUUUCAAUGAUAUUGGAAACUCCUCAGAAACAAGUUAUGAACACUCCUGCCCUUCAGUUUGCAGAAUACACGUUUGUCAUUUGUAUGAGUAUUGAGAUGCUUUUAAAAAUCUUGGCAUCAGGCUUAUUCUUUACUCCCAAGGCAGUUGUUAGAGACUUCAGUGGUAUACUGGACCUCUUUAUAUAUACUACAAGCCUAGUUUUCUUAAUUUGGAUGCCAGAAAAAGUACCAGCCCAAUCAGGUGCUCAAGUUCUUAUGAUCCUUCGAUGCCUACGACCUCUCCGCAUCUUUAAUCUCGUACCUCAUAUGAGAAAAGUUGUUUAUGAAUUAGUACGAGGAUUCAAGGAAAUCCUUAUGGUAUCUGUACUGCUGAUUCUCUUAAUGUUUGUAUUUGCAACAUUUGGAGUCCAUUUAUAUGGUGGACGUUUAGCUCGUUGCAAUGACCCCAAAAUUGUUACCAGGAAAAAUUGUACAGGAGUGUUUAUGACUCAAGUUUAUGUUACCAAGAUGAAAAUUGCUGAUGAUGAAGAUAUAAGACCAACCUACUUAGUACCAAGAGUAUGGGCAAAUCCUAGGAACUUCAAUUUUGACAGUAUUGGCAAUGCAUUGUUAGCUUUGUUUGAAGUUUUAUCUCUUGAAGGCUGGCUAGAAAUCAGGGAUGUUAUUGUCGAACAAGUGGGCUGGGUCCAUGCAAUUUACAUUCACGUGUUUGUAUUCAUUGGCUACAUGAUUGGACUUACACUCUUUGUUGGUGUUGUCAUUGCAAACUACAGUGAAAACAAGGGAACCGCUUUGCUUACUGUUGAUCAGAGACGUUGGCUUGAUCUGAAAGGCAGAAUUAAGCUGGCCCAGCCUUUACACAUUCCUCCUAGACCAGAUGGCAAUGGUUUUCGUGCUUUAAUGUAUGACAUUACCCAGCACAUCUCCUUCAAGAGAGCUGUCGCAUUUUUAGUCUUGGCUAAUUGCAGUCUCUUGUGUGUGCCAUGGUUAAAAAAUGAUGAACAGACAUUUGUGUUAGCAAGCAUAUCUGCAGUGUUUACAAUACUCUUUCUGUGUGAGGUCAUUAUGAAGAUGAUAGCCUUGACACCAGCUGGAUACUGGACAAGUCAUCGUAACCGUUUUGACAUGUUGGUUACAUUCCUUGGUGUCAUCUGGAUUUUUCUACACUUUACUGUCAGAAAUUCUGGCAGCAAUACUUAUGGCUAUGUGAUCAUUGUAUUGAGGUUCUUCACAAUCACAGGAAAACAUGCCACUCUCACCAUGUUGAUGCAAACCGUAGUAAUGUCUGUUUUAAAGAGUUUUUUCAUCAUCACUGGAAUGUUCUUGUUGAUGUUAUUUUAUGCUUAUGCUGGUGUCAUACUCUUUGGAAAUGUUAAAUAUGGAUACAAUUUAGGAAGACAUGCAAAUUUCAAGACAGCUCCUAAUGCCAUUGCUUUGUUGUUCCGUAUUGUUACUGGAGAGGAUUGGAAUAAAAUCAUGCAUGAUUGUAUGGUUAGUCCUCCAUUUUGUACAAGAAAAGAAAAUGGUUGGGAAACGGACUGUGGAAACUUCAUGGCUUCACUAAUGUAUUUUUGUUCAUUCUAUAUCAUCAUCACAUAUAUUGUAUUAAAUUUAUUAGUUGCUAUCAUUAUGGAAAAUUUUUCUCUAUUUUAUUCAAAUGAAGAAGAUGCUCUUCUGAGUUAUAAUGAUAUCCGCCAGUUUCAGAAUACUUGGAAUCUAGUGGAUAUCAAUCGCAAGGGUGUGAUUCCAGCAAAACGAGUGAAAUUUUUAUUACGUCUUUUGCGGGGUCGGCUUGAAGUUGAUUUAGAAAAAGAUCGACUGCUUUUUAAACACAUGUGCUAUGAAAUAGAGAAACUCUAUAACGGAGGAGAUGUAACGUUCCAUGAUGUCCUCAGCAUGUUAUCAUAUCGCUCAAUGGAUAUUCGUAAAAGUUUACAACUUGAAGAACUAUUAAACCGUGAAGAAUUGGAAUAUACAAUUGAAGAAGAAGUUGCCAAGUUGACUAUCCGGAAUUGGCUAGACAAAUGUCUAAAACGAAUAAGAGCUAAAGAACAUUCUAACAUUAUUCCAAAACUCCGUGCCAUGAAUGAUCCUCUGUUCCCAGUCGCUGAAUUGGUUUCCAGUGCUGCUGAGAGUAGUGAAGAUAGCAAAGAAGAAAAUGCUCCAGUUGUGACACGUUGCCGCAAAAAAGGACAGGUAGAACUACGAAACCCCAUAGUGCCAACCCCUGGGUCAUUACCUCCAAACAAGGGUCCUCCUAGCCGUAAACUGUUAGUCACAGCUCUCAGCGAAGGUUCUGCCAAUCAUCAAGACAAAGAAAGAGGAGGAACAAAAAAGAGAAGUGUACGAAUGACAGCAGGUGCCAAAAGUCUCCCCAAUGUUACUGAAGGAGAAAGUACAGCCACCAAGACAGCUCAGGAAAAAGUGCCUGACUAUUUCCUUCGAGGACGUAAUGUUGAUACCAGUGUACGAGGCUGGUGGAAAGAACAGUGCAAUGUGUCCAUCUUUGUGUGUUUGUAUGUAUGUGAUCUCUUUCCUGAACCUCAUCCCAUCUAUAAAUCCUCCUCCUGUCUCACCCCAACACUGCUUGAGAGAGAGACAGGCACUGGUUGCUUAUUUUCUCUCUUCCACAUCUAUCUCUCCAUUUCUUUAUCUCUCUUCAAAAUCUUUCCCUUUCACCCAUUUUCUUUUCUCAUAUGA